AUGCCCGCCGAUUUUCGAGCUGCGCACGUACCGCAUAGUCCCGGCGAGCGGCACGGGGGGGAAUGGGGUAAACGGGAGGAAGGGGGGAAUGGGGAAAGGGCUGAGGGCGCGGUAGGUGGCAGAAAGGAGGGGGGUGGAGGAGGGAGGGGGAGAGGGGGAGGAGGGGGAAGGGAUGGAAGGGGGGGAGGAGGGGUAGGCGGGGAAGGUGUUAAUAAGAAGGCGGGGAAGCGGGGUAGGCGGGGAAGGAGGGGGAGACAGCAGAAAGAAGGGUGGGGAGGGAGAGGGGGGAAUGCUUGGACACUGUUUUGGACCAUGGAGACUGGGGGAGUGCUGAACGAGGUGCAUCACCUCUCCCCUUCUCUCCCCCCCACUCCACUCCUCUCCACACCUCUCUACUCCUCUCUACUCCUCUCUACUCCUCUCUACACCUCUCUACACCUCUCUACACCUCUCUACACCUCUCUACACCUCUCUAAUCCUCUCUACUCCUCUCUACUCCUCUCCUACCCGCCCCCCAUCAGUUUUUGGACGGUGGAGACUGGAGGAGUGCUGAACGAGGUGCAUCAUUUCUACUGCUAUCCUGGCGGGUGGGAGGAGAGGGACGCAGUGAGAGCAGGCAUGGCGGGCAGCAGGGGGUGGACUCAUGAGUACCUGCCUCUGGUGAAGCCAGCAUUCCAAUCGCAGGAAUCGAGCAUUUUCCUGGAAGAUUCCAAGUGCAUGGCUGCAGUGGCAGAGGCUGCAGCAAGCUCUUCAACCUCUUCCUCCGCUUCACCAACAUCAGUAUCGCCUUCACCACCAGCACCACUUGAACCAUCACCAGCAUCCCCCGGGGUGUAUGAGCUCCGUUGCUACAAGGCACGAGGGGAGCCUGAGAGCCCUAGCACUACUCACAGCAUCCAGGAAACAUUUUCUUUAACCCUCUCUGCACGCAUGGCAGCUGUUCCCUCCUCUCGCUGCCUCUUUAUUGGCUGCUCUGAUGCCGGGCCAUACAGUGCCCUAGAGCUGUGGCGCCACAGCAGCACCACUGACUGCUACUUGGCUGAUAAG